AUGGGAGACGCAAACACGCCCGAGGAGCUCAAGUUUGGGAGUGCAUACAACUACUGGAUCAAGACCGAUGCCGGAUUCGAUCUCUCUCGUGGAUCCCCUGAGAAGAUCACAGUGAAGACUACAAAGGAUCCGAUCAUGAUCGCACCCAAGAAGACGGCGCUGAUCAUCAUCGAUAUGCAGAACUACUUCCUCCACGAGAAGCUGUUCGACAACGGGCCAGGGCGCGAGUCCGUCCCACUGAUGAUGGAGACUGUUUGUUCCUGCCGGAAAGCCGGUAUCCCCGUCGUAUGGUGCAACAUGGGGAUGAACGAAGCGGACCGGUAUACCCUGCCCCCAUCCUACCUCGCAAUGUCCUACAAGCGGGACAACGCGACGUUCAACCAGUCGAUUGGGACCGUUUCCAUCCCCGGGCAAGCUAAGCCUAUCGACAUGGGUGGGAAGCUUAUCAAGGGGUCGUGGAACGCCGAGCUCUGGGGCCCGUUGAAGGCGUUCGCAGAGGAGGGAUACAAGCUCGGGACGGACGUGCAUAUCUGGAAGAACCGGUUCAGCGCACUGUGUGGGCACCAGCCGCUCGAGCUCUGGCUGCAGGAGAACCAGAUCACGACUACUCUAUGGGGAGGUGUGGUCACGGAUGUGUGUGUUUGGGGGAGCAUGCUGGAUGCGUACUAUAAGGGGUACGAUAUGGUCAUGGUCAAGGAGCUGGCGAACACGACUAGCCCCGACUUUGUUGUCAAGACUGCGUAUAGGAAUACUGAGAACUGGGGCUGGCUGACGAGCACGAGCAGCUUGAUGGAGGGUAUCGAGCAGGCCAGUGCUUGA